GCUGUACUGUGCCUAACACAAAACACCAGCCUUUCCGUUUUAUCCUCGGCUCACCCUGCCAACUAAAUGAACGCUGAGCGAAUCCGCUAACGUUAGCUAUCUUUUAAUUAGUUGCAUUAAGUGGAUCCGCUUUGCUGAGAUUUUGGAUCUACUGGUCAAUUAUUGUUCAUCAUCACAUCACAGACAGAAUCAAGAUGGCCCUAAAUGUUUUUGAUCAUGAUGAAUACAGACCGCCAGUGUGGAAAUCAUAUUUGUACCAGCUCCAGCAGGAGGCUCCCCACCCACGCAGACUCACCUGCACAUGUGAGGUGGAUAAUCGACCUAAAUAUUAUGGAAGAGAAUACCAUGGCAUGAUCUCCAGAGAAGAGGCUGACCAGUUACUGAGCCAAGCCGAAGGCAGCUACCUCAUCAGAGAAAGUCAGAGACAGCCAGGCACAUACACACUGGCUCUGAGGUUUGGGAACCAGACAAGAAACUUCCGUCUCUACCAUGAUGGGAAACACUUUGUAGGAGAGAAGAGGUUUGAGUCCAUCCAUGACCUGGUCACAGAUGGCCUCAUCACACUUUACAUCGAGACAAAGGCAGCAGAAUAUAUUGCUAAGAUGACCAUAAAUCCAAUCUAUGAGCAUGUCGGCUACACUACCUUGAACCAGGAGCCCACCCUGAAAAAACACCUGCCGCACAGCCCUGAAGCCCCCGAUGGACCUGCUCCAGCCAAAGAUGAUUGCAAUACAGAGGAGAGGCUUACAUCGUUGGUACGGCGGGCAACCCUGAGGGAGAACGACUUAGCACCCAAGUACGAGAAGGUCCACAACUUCAAGGUUCACACAUUCAGAGGCCCCCACUGGUGUGAGUACUGUGCCAACUUCAUGUGGGGUCUCAUCGCUCAGGGAGUCAAGUGUGCAGACUGUGGGCUGAAUGUCCAUAAGCAGUGCUCCAAGGUUGUCCCAAACGACUGUCAGCCAGACCUGCGGCACGUCAAGAAGGUGUACAGCUGUGACCUAACCACGCUGGUCAAAGCCCACAACACCAAGAGGCCCAUGGUGGUUGACAUGUGCAUACAGGAAAUUGAGGCCAGAGGUCUUCAGUCAGAGGGUUUGUACCGAAUAUCAGGCUUCAGUGAGCUCAUUGAAGAUGUCAAGCUGAGCUUUGACAGAGAUGGAGAGAAGGCUGAUAUUUCCUCAAAUGUUUACGAAGACAUAAACAUCAUCACUGGCGCCCUCAAGCUGUACUUCAGAGAGCUGCCUAUUCCCAUCAUCACCUAUGAUGCCUACCCCCGCUUCAUAGAAACUGCAAAAAUUGCAGACCCAGAAAAACGACUGGAGUCUCUCCACGAGGCCUUGAAGCUGCUGCCACCCGCUCACUGCGAAACCCUGCGAUACCUCAUGGCUCACCUCAAAAGGGUGACGCAGUGUGAGAAGGAGAAUCUCAUGUCCAGUGAGAACCUGGGCAUUGUCUUUGGCCCGACAUUGAUGAGGGCCCCUGAGCUGGAUGCCAUGACAGCACUCAAUGACAUCAGAUACCAGAGACUGGUGGUGGAGACUCUCAUCACUAAUGAAGACGUGCUGUUCUGAAAAGAAGAAAGAGACAAGCGUGGGAGUGACUCUUCCAACAGGGACAGGGAGUACACACCUGAUCGAACAAUGCUCAGAUACUUUGUUUUUCUGUGAAAAGACAACGUUUGAAAGGAAAAUGAAGAAUAAACUUGAUGCCUUGGACUUGAAAAAAAAAACAGAAGAUAAAAGGGACGCUACCUGAUUUUUGUAAGGUGUGGAUAAAAAUGAAGGAUAAUCCUAACUGCAAGAAAGUUAAAACACUUACAGUGAAAAGUUAAUGGAAGGAUGCAGUGUUUCCUCUUUUAUUAUUAGUCUAUUUCUGGUGUGAUCAUAACAGACCCAUUAAAAACUUGAAGCUUGUGCGAAAAAUCUAAAAUGUAUCGUUUAGUAUCCGUACAGAAAUGAGAACAAGAAAUCUCUUCAAAUAUUUGUCAUAAUCUCUUCUGAGAAGCAUGGAGAAUAUGUUCUCUAUCAAGAGGAAAAAUCAACAGUGAUGUUGCAACACUACUUAACUUCUUAGGGGAAACACUGUGGAAUCCAUCUUUGUUAAAAUCUUCUCUUUUUAAAACCGAUGCCUUGACUUUUUUUUUUUUUUUUUUUUUGCUUUCACCAUACUGCCACUGUUUGUGCUGCAGCUUUCUUGGUCAGCAUUCUUUGCAUUGAAACCAAAUGAUUGGCUAGCAACAAGCUAAUGAACCACUGUCUCCAUGUGGUCACUGAUGAUUUGAAGUAAAAAUGCACUGCUUUAGAAUCAGUUCCUCAAGUUCUGGUAGUUACAAAGGGUUUUGUUUACUACUUUGUUUUCGUAAGUGUCAAGGUAUCCUUUUAACCUCCUCAAGAGAAGACGCACUGACUUCAAAACAAUAGACAGCUGGAUGAAUGAAUGGAAAAAGUGAAUCACUCACCCAUAAUGCACACUCAUUCCUCUGAAUGGAACUUAAGUGACUUGGACCUGUUUUGUUUUUCAUUCCUUACGUACUUUUUUUUUUUUCGUUUUUGACUUUUCAGCUUUUUUGUCAGUGCCAUUACUGUGUAAUUAUACAGCCAUCUUACACUAACGACAUAUUAGGCAUUUAGUUGCUAACACAUAUUAUUAAGUGGUUGUUUUCUAGUUUUACCAUUGAAGUCAAACCAGUAACAGAGCUGCUGAAGCUGUAACUUAAAUGAUUAACAUUUUUCCUACGUGUUUCUAAAUCAGUCUCCUCUAAUUGUCAUACACCAGCGGCAGAUGGUGAAAAAGGACAUGUCUCAAAUGACUCAUAUAAAGAAAAAAUCAAACAGUGCUUUAUGUUUUACUUUGGUUUGUAACAUGCGUGUAGCAGUAUUAUAAUCAGCAGUGUUAUGAAGCUAAUUUUGCACACAGUCAAACAUGCCAAUAAUUCCUGUUUUAGUGGGCUAGGUGGAAUCAUUGAAAUACACAAAGCAGAGUUGGGAUACUUGCAGUUGUAAUAUUGACUCCCACUUCCAAAAUUAAAACAAUAAUUCAUAUCAUUCAUCACUCUUCAGCCAUGUUUGCAAUUAAACUGAUAAUAUUGCAUUCUUUUUCUGAUAUAUGAGUGUUUAUUGUUCAUAUUUAGGGCAUUUUAGUUAGACUGUUUGAUCAGAUGGACUUCUCUUACCUCUGCCUUUGACAAGAAUUCCUCUUUGCCUAUUUACAAGCUGGUGUAGUGACAUCACUUGGCAUGAAGAUGAGUUUCAUCCAGAUUCUUGUUAUAUGAAGGACAGUGGUUGUCUUAUUGUUGUUUUAGUGCCAUUUGAAAGGGGUGCAAGAAUGCCUUCAGCCUACUCCCCCGCCUCACAUUAACAAACUAAUCCCAAUCCUUACACCUUUUAUUUCUUUUCCACCCCCAUUUCUGUCGGGGGUCACAGAUCAACUCCUUCUAGUGAACCUCAUUGGCAAAGUAGUGAUGACACACCAGAUCAUUUCACACAGAAAAGGCAGAAAUAGUGUGUUUCAAACCUACAUUGGGAUGGGUAUCAGUUGAAUGGACGUGACAUCAGCAUUUUCUAACAAGCUACAUUUUUCAUUCAUGUUUGUUUUUCUUGAACUGUUUUGUUGACUUAGAUUGUUCAUUCCUGUUGGGGUACACUUUAACCCUGUCGAUCUAACCAUGUACAAACUACCAUCAGCCUAACCUCAUGACAACUUGUGAGCCUUCAGUGAUCUGUGACAUUUGCUUUUUUGGCAUCAUGAAAUGUCAGUUUUUUUUAAGUAUUGUCAUUGCUGUAAAGUAUUUUCUAUAUGGUUUAUGCAUGGUGAAGUUAAAUUAUUAAAUAUGGCUUUUAUUUGGCUAUGGUCUUCAUCUUG